CAUUUGUUGCAUAAUAUGCCAGCAUCCUCUAUCCAUCCCCGGACGCUGGCGAGAUGGAGGAAAUUUGGGUCCUAGACUAUCCUUUUGAAAGCGAUGAUGACGUGGGGGUGCCGUCCGAAGGCGACGCUAUAGGCAAUCUCUCUUGUACUAUAUAUGAAGUGUAGUUCACGAUACAAUGAUUCAUAACCAUCAAGUGUCUUCUGGGCUAUAUCACUUACUAUUCAUUCGAAAAUGUCCGUCCCUCGUGUCGCGGAACCCCCAGGCAAGGUUACUCCCUACGUGGUGCCAGCCUACCAGGGCGAAACUCUCACUAUCCCCGGCACGAAAUCAACAGUCCGGGUUUUGGCAUCGGCCAAGGAGAGUGAAGGUUCAAUAUCAGUCUUCCAUUUCGACGGCGUCCUGGGCGAUCCUGUUGGUUUCCACCAUCACAAUGAAUCUCAUGACAUCUUCAUGUGUACCAGGGGCUAUAUCAAGCUAUGGGCCGGAAAUCAGUGCCGACCCUUGGGGCCUGGUGAUUUUUGCUCAGUCCCUCCGAAAGUCGUCCACCGACCCCAGCUAGUGGGCCCAUGGAACGAGAGCCUUGGUCUCGUCACUCCCAGGAAAUGGAUCGACUUCUUCCGCUUUGCCUCGGAGAAAUACCAUGGUCUCUUGACAAAGGAGUUCGACAGCCGGGAUACUCUGCAGCACAUGUUUCCCAAAUUUCAGACCAUCCAGGACGAGUACGAUGUGAUAUUCGACCCCGGUUAUCCAGUCUGCGAGGUUGGAGAGUGGACGGAAAAUGAUAGCACAAUCCCAGAUAGUGUUGAGCCCUACUAUCUACGUGCGGAUACCGGACCUAGGUAUCUUCUGGGUGGUUUCGCCAUUACCAGUAUUGAGUCGAGCAGUGAGCACCCAGCAUCGGUCCUUGGGAAGUCAUUUACCUUCCAGAAAGUGCACCAGGUCUAUCAUGUGUUGGAUGGUGCUAUCGACGUGACCAUCGAUGGAACUGCGAAUCAAGUCCGAGCAGGCGAGACGGUUUUGAUUCCCGCUGGUACUGAGAUCAGCGUUCAUUUCCUUGACAAGUAUGUCCGCUUCUGGUCAUUCGCGAGCGGAGAUGGCCUGGAAUCGUUUGUUCAUCUUAGUGGUCGCAGGUAUGAAGGGAAGAUAAUUCCAGACAAGGCGGAUGUGGUGGACGAUGCGAAGGUGCUGAGGGCAGCUGAGAACAUUAACAUGAAAGUGUCUACUUGA